AUGGUAACCACGGGGCUCAGGGAGAUGACCUCAUCAGUCUGUGACCAGGGCCGCAUUUAUAAAACUACAUCACAGUCAGCUCCGCCUCCCCUUCAUACAUCACAGUCAGCUCCGCCUCCCCUUCAUACAUCACUGUCAGCUCCGCCUCCCCACGCCGCCUCCCCUUCAUACAUCACUGUCAGCUCUGCCUCCCCACGCCGCCUUCCCUUCAUACAUCACAGUCAGCUCUGCCUCCCCACGCCGCCUCCCCUUCAUACAUCACUGUCAGCUCUGCCUCCCCACGCCGCCUCCCCUUCAUACAUCACAGUCAGCUCUGCCUCCCCACGCCGCCUCCCCUUCAUACAUCACAGUCAGCUCUGCCUCCCCACGCCGCCUCCCCUUCAUACAUCACUGUCAGCUCCGCCUCCCCUUCAUACAUCACAGUCAGCUCUGCCUUCCCUUCAUACAUCACAGUCAGCUCUGCCUCCCCACGCCGCCUCCCCUUCAUACAUCACUGUCAGCUCCGCCUCCCCUUCAUACAUCACAGUCAGCUCUGCCUCCCCACGCCACCUUCCCUUCAUACAUCACAGUCAGCUCUGCCUCCCCACGCCACCUUCCCUUCAUACAUCACAGUCAGCUCUGCCUCCCCACGCCACCUUCCCUUCAUACAUCACAGUCAGCUCUGCCUCCCCACGCCACCUUCCCUUCAUACAUCACAGUCAGCUCUGCCUCCCCACGCCACCUCCCCUUCAUACAUCACUGUCAGCUCUGCCUUCCCUUCAUACAUCACAGUCAGCUCUGCCUCCCCACGCCACCUUCCCUUCAUACAUCACUGUCAGCUCCGCCUCCCCACGCCACCUUCCCUUCAUACAUCACUGUCAGCUCCGCCUCCCCACGCCGCCUCCCCUUCAUACAUCACUGUCAGCUCUGCCUUCCCUUCAUACAUCACUGUCAGCUCCGCCUCCCCACGCCACCUUCCCUUCAUACAUCACAGUCAGCUCCGCCCCUCAUGCCUCGGGCCGCUAA